AUGAAAGACAUCUUGUCCAAGAAGAAAAAACUCACUGAUAUUGAAACUAUUGCACUCACAGAAGGCUGUAGUGCUAUUUUGACAAACAAGUUGCCCCCUAAAUUGAAAGAUCCUGGAAGCUUUACCAUUCCAUGUUUGAUUGACAACCAUUAUUUGGGCAAGGCUUUAUGUGAUUUGGGAGCUAGAUUCAACCUCAUACCAUUAUCUACUUUCAGAAAAUUGGGAAUUGCUGAUUUUAUCAUACUUGACUACGAAGUAGACAAUGAGGUUCCCAUAAUUUUGGGACGACCAUUUUUAGACACCGGUCCAACUCUCAUUGAUGUUUAUAAAGGAGGACUAACCAUGCGACUUAACGAUGAGCAAGUUACCUUCAGUAUUUUUGAGUUUGUUCAUCACAAGGAUAAGGCAGAGUGCCAUGCUGUCGAUGUGCUAGAUGAUUUAAUUGAGGAAGAAUUCUACAACCAAAGCACAAUCCUUCCUGAAGAAAUUGUAGUGGCAUCUGAGGCGGAAUCCUUAGAUAAUUAUUGCAGCACGGUUGAAGCUACUAAUAUUGAAAUCAAGCACAGAUGGAAAAUUGAAUCCUUAGACUUAACCAACAGAACAAAUCCAAUUUUCUAA